AUGACGACGGAAGCAAUACUGUUCAAACGAGAUGCCGUUGAUGACGGUGUCCCCAACCCCCGAGGUGACACUGUAGUCACCGUUAAUAUCGCGCUGGUGGUUGUUGCGGCACUUCUGGUCAUUGCACGGUUCUGGACGCGUAUUGCAAUCAAUCAUAUGCUUGGUUUGGACGACUGGUGUGUCUUCGUGGCCCUGCUUAUUGCGAUCACUAUGACUGGAUUGUUCUACGGCGAAACAAAGAAUGGAUUUGGGCUCCACCAAGCCACAGUCAGCCAGGAACAUUUCUUGCAAGCUUGGAAGUACUUCCUGGCCUGCCAAGUGUUAUACAAGGCUGCCGCUCUCUUCGCGAAACUUUCUAUGCUGUUCUUAUACCUACGGAUCUUCUCCUCUCGCCACUUCCGAAUCGCGGCUUAUGUUGUCAUGUUUAUAUGCGUGGGUACGGCCAUUGGGACUAUAGUUCCCACGAUUUUCGCAUGUCACCCUAUCCAGAAGGCCUGGACCCCGACCAUGCCUGGCAAAUGUAUCUGGACACCGGGAAUCUGGUAUUCCAGCUCCUCGAUCAACAUAGCCACCGACGUGAUGAUCAUAGCACUACCGAUUGCUCAAAUCCGACCUCUCAAACUACCCAAGGCACAGAAAUUUGGGUUGGCUGUCCUCUUCAGUCUGGGUUUCUUCAUUAUUGCGACUUGCGUGGUUCGUAUCGCCACACUUGGCCCAGCAGCUACGGCGAAGGAUAGCACUUACUACCAGGCUCAGAAUAACUUGUGGCUCGGAGUCGAGGUGAACACCUCCAUCAUUUGCACCUGCAUUCCGCCCUUGAAAGCAACGAUUACCAGAUUCUUUCCGCGAAUCUUCCGCGGAUCUUCCUACAACCGCCCGACCACGAAUUACCGGUCUCGCUCGGGAGCCUACCCUCUUUCUGAUAGCUAUCAUGGAUCCUCUAUCAAAGGGGGAGGCUCGGCUUUUCCAAACCCUAUCUCUCCCACCAAAGGUUUCUCCACGACUGUCAUCACUAGUGGCGCGUCCAAAUCGUAUCCCAUCAGCGAAUCAAACAGCGACGAAGUUGUCAUGCUAGAUGAUAUGGCCAAGACGGGGGCGGAGAGAGAAAGACCUAAGCGCAGAGAAGACAUCAUGAAACAGACCGAUGUCGAGAUCUCCUAUCUGGAGGUCCCGUAG